UGAGUGUGUUCUGCUGCCUUGGUAUCUGCAACCAGAGUACAGCAGUGGGUGUGUGCAGGCACUGACUGGAGGCUGUAUAUCCAGUCUAGCAAAGGGCGUGCCUGCUCACACUCCCGAGAGCCGAGUGUGGGGAAAGAGCUGCUGUCAGCAGAGGGACGUAUGGCAAGGAAGGCUCCCUGACAUUUUACACCUGAUCAAGAAUUUUGGUUGCUGCUGCUUCUAAGUUUUUGUUUCUAGUUCCCCAGGAGAGACAGGUGACAUCCCACCUCACCACCACCCCACCUGCAAACAUGCUUCAGUCUCAUGCUCCACUGAAAACAGCACUGGCUUAUCAGUGUUUCCAGGACCAAGCCAAUUCGACUCUAGCUUUGCCCUCGGAUCACAAGCUCAAAACUAGGGGUACAGGAAAACAAAGAGUCCAGGAGCAAGUGAUGAUGACCGUGAAACGGCAGAAGCAAAAGACCUCCCAGGCAUCACUGAAUGCGGGCCACUCCAACCGAGGUUCCAUGUAUGAUGGUCUGUCUGAUGGCUACAGCUAUGGAACGGCCCGUGGUAGCUACUAUGCCAAAGCCAACACUGGAAGCAACAACUGGGGCCAUGGGAUGUACAAUGGGACCCUUAAAAGAGAUGGGGAAAGCAAACGGUACAGCUCCUACAGUCAAAUGGAAGGCUGGGGCAACAGGAACUACAACAAGAUCUGCAGUCCUACCAGUCCUGGCAGUGAUUACGGGUUUGUGCACACUAUGAAGAGUAGCCGGAGUGAGCCAGACCUCUACUGUGACCCUCCACGGGGCACUCUAAGGCGAAACCAGAGUGGAAGCCGAAUGACUCAAAAGUCCAGCCUGAAUCGCCACAGCCUCUACAGUACUUGCAACAAUCAGCAAGGAAUUACAACCACCACCAGGACAAACAAAAGAAUCCCAGUCCGGAGUCCCUCCUGCACCUCUGCUAACAAGCAAGACGUGGUCUAUUCCCAGCCCGUGGCCAGCAGCAAGCAAGAUAUGUUCUAUGGGCAUACUCAUUCCAAUCAUUCCAACUCAAAAAUCUGCAAUGAUGAGGUGGAUUAUGGAUCAACAAUGACCAUCCAGAAAGCCAUACAAUUUUUAUGUUCCUCAGAUGAGAAACAUCAGGCGAUGGGUGCUUACUACCUCCAGCACACCUGUUUUCAGGAUGAAUCUGCCAAGCAAGAGGUCUACCGCCUUGGUGGCAUUGCCAAGCUUGUUGAACUCCUCCACAGCCCAGAUGAGAAUGUGCAGCAAGCUGCAGCUGGAGCCCUGCGAAACUUAGUCUUCAGAAAUCCAACCAACAAGCUAGAAACCCGGCGACAGAAUGGAAUUAGAGAGAGUGUGAGUCUCCUGAGAAGGACCAGGAACACAGAAAUACAGAAGCAGCUAACAGGGCUGCUUUGGAACUUGUCAUCUACUGAUGAACUGAAAGAAGAUUUGAUACGUGAUGCCCUCCCUGUUUUGACUGAUUGUGUUAUUAUUCCCUUUUCUGGCUGGUCUGAUGGCAUUAGUAGUCAAUCAAGAGAAAUUGUUGACCCAGAGGUAUUCUUCAAUGCCACUGGCUGUUUGAGGAACCUGAGUUCUGCAGAUGCUGGACGCCAAACGAUGAGAAACUACCCUGGACUGAUUGACUCUGUGAUGGCUUAUUCCCAGAACUGUGUGGCAGCCAACCGGCCAGAUGACAAGUCUGUGGAGAACUGCAUCUGUAUUCUGCACAAUCUGUCCUACCGCCUGGAUGCUGAGGUACCUAAUAAAUACACACAGCUUAAUCACAUGGCCCGGAGCAAUUACACAGAUAAAACCCUGACAGGCUGCUUCAACAACAGAGGUGGAAAGCUAGAGUAUGAUGAGUAUGAUCUACCCCUUCCUGAAGAGGACUUUAAACCCAAAGGAUCCAGCUGGCUCUAUCAUUCAGAUGCCAUCCGCACAUACCUGUCUCUAAUGGACCAGAGUAAGAAAGAUGCCACCCUAGAAGCUUGUGCUGGAGCACUGCAAAAUCUGACUGCAAGCAGAGGACUGAUGUCAAAUGGAAUGAGCCAACUGAUUGCUUUGAAGGAGAAAGGCUUGCCUCGCAUAGCACGACUCCUGCAGUCCAAUAAUGCUGAAGUGGUCCGAUCUGGAACAUCCCUACUGAGCAAUAUGUCUCGACAUCCCAUUCUCCACAAAACCAUGGCUCAUCAGGUACUCCCAGAUGUGACUCGUCUCCUAGCCCUCCAGGCCCCAGGUUCCAGCAACUAUGGAGACAUUAUGUCAUCUGCUUGCUACACCUUGAGGAAUCUAAUCAUGUCUAACCCACAGAUGGCCAAGCCCUACAUUACAGGCAGUUUGAUAAAUAACGUGGUAGGCCUGUGUCGAAAUGGCUCCUAUCCAAAAGCAGCUGAAGCUGCCCGUCUGCUACUGUCUGACUUGUGGUCACACAGGGAGCUCCAAUCUAUACUGAAACAGCAAGGAUAUGAUAAGAAUAUGAUGGGAUCAUUAACAGGAAGCACUUUCAGGACCCUGUCUUCGAGAUUCUAAGAAGAGAACUGAAUUGCAUGCUUGGAUUGAAGAGUUUGUUACUGGUUCCUGUCUGGAAGACCUCAGUCCUCAACAGAUUAGUAAAAACGUUAAGGACAUCCAUAGUGUUUUGGAGUUCUGCUCAGUUGUAAAACUAGGUAUGAAAAUUGCAUUGCCCAAUUAUAGGCAUCUUAAAAUGUUUAAAUGGAUUUUUAUUUUAUUUCUUAUUUUUUUGGUCUGGGGAUGGGUUGGGAGGUUGGAGGUUAAUGUUACUUGAUGUCAAUAAUUCAUUAUUCCUGUACAAAAAACAAAAAGGUGUGUGUGGGGGGUGCAAGUUUGAAAUUGUUGUUGGACACUACCCAAGCAAUGUCAAAUUGCACUAUAUAAGCCAUUUAUAUGACCAUUUGAAAUAAGACCAUAUAUGACCAUUUAAAACUUCACAAAUCAGCAUCUCCCUAAAUAUGUGUGUAUAUAUUUAGUCAGCUUAUGUAUAGAGAGGAGCAGAUUUUCAGUGUUAUUUGGGUGCUGCCAUAGAUAUGAAUCUCAAGGUGUGAUCCUAUGUGUGUUUACUCAGACGUAAGUUGCACUGCAUUUGAUUGCCUGCAUCAUGCGCAGCAUUAUGGAGCCCUAGUGCUGUGCCCUGGGACUGCUAUGGACUUCUGCUUUUGACAGUGGGGAAACCUGCAGAAAUGUUGCUUCUGUAUCUGCUACUUUGAGCAGCAUCAGGGCUUGCUAAGAGGUCUGAAGCAACUCUGGAGUGUAGCAUGAACGGCUCCAUGACACAAUGUAUCCUGUGGGCCAAAGUGUCUUGCUCCCAAAUAAGCAUGCAUAGGAUUGCAGCCUAAGUCCUUUUCAC